UUAAAAAUGCAGCCUUGGACUCACGAGAGCCUGUUACAAAAUAUGCAAAAUACUAAUUAUUCCUCCUCAACCGAUCCCCAGAUUGGAGCCUCAACCCAGGAUCACGACAUUGGGCCCAAAUAUGGCAGCUUUCAGCAUAAUGACAGUGACGAAGAUAAUGAGGUUAACUUCAUGGACAAUGAUGAUGAGGGGUUAUAUAGCCAUGAAGAUGAUGACUUUGACAACUCCUUUGAUGACUCAGACCUCCAGAAUAAAGACCCAGAGGACAUCCAAAACCAGCUCAAAGAGCUGAAUGACUCUGCUGUCGUCUCCCUCAAAGAUGAAGAAACAGAAUCAGCAAACGAUAAACUCAAACGGUGUGAACAAAUCCUUGAGAAUCUUAUCAGUGAGGGAAGGGAUGUAGACAGGAACCAGAUUAUAGUGGUACUUCACAACCUUGCUUGCUGCCACCAAAGGUCUUCGAUGCUAGAUGACUGAGUCAGUUACCUUGAUGGCACCAUAUUCAAUAUCAAUAUUUCUCUGAAAUCCCAAAUCUUGAACCAACUCUCCGAAGAUUAUGGACCAGUCAUAGUCAAGGAUGAACUCAACGAGAUUAUGGAUGAUGCAAGUCAAGACAUGAUCCUCAACGAAGAAGUCUCCAGAAAGUUAACAAUGUCUUACAAAUUCCAGAAAUUGAGAUAUUUAUCAAGACUCCACCUCCAGCUUGGAGCAGUGCUUUCUCAGAUAAAUAAACAUGAAGAAGCUCUCUAUCAUGGAAAGAUAGCUGCCCUUUAUUGCCAAGACUUGAUAAAGAACACAAAAUUGCUCUGUGAGGACUACCUCGCCCAAAUUAGCCAGACAGCUAGUCGAAACAAACUGGGAGCUGGCAACUCACGGAGAAGCAAUGUUCUACCUAAUAAAGAUAAACUCAAGAAUAAAAUAGACAAGCUUCAUAAAUUUGAAUCAAAAGAAAAGUCUCAAAAGAGCCCCAAGAAACCCCUCCUCAAAUCCAAGGAAGAGGGUCAAGUCCUUGGCCUGCCUCCUGAGGAAGAGAAGAAGUCUGAAAAAGAAGACCUGGAAGAUGAGCCUUCAAUCUUCUUCUUUGAAGAUGAUGAGAAUGAGCUUGAAAACCUUGCAAAGAAGUGCCUACCAAUCCUAACCGAAAUGAUGAAUCAAAUAACGAAUUUUGAGCAAUACAAUAAUAACAAAGAUUUCGAAAAGGAGCACCAAUACGAGCACACUCUCAUAGUUGAUGAGGAACAACCCAAGAGGUCAGGAAUUGGCCUCCACAAGUCUAUUAAAGGAAGCAAGAUGAAACUUUCUUAUGAUAAACCCAAAUCUGCAAAAAUUUCCAAGGAUUACCAACUAAAGUCAGAUCUUUGCAGUCUAAAAGAUACCGUAACAGGAUUACUAGGGGUAAAAAGGUUUGAGGACUGGAUACUCAACCUCAAUAUUGGAAAUGUAAUGCAUCUUAGCCCUCUGACUCUCCAAGAAAUGUACUUACAACUCGAUAAUUCGCAUGAGCUCACCAGAGAUGCCAUCCUUGAAAAAGUAGUACUCCUCAGUAUCGCUUAUUUCUGAGUUGGUACAGAGUUAAGGUUCCUUUCUCAAAAUCAAAAAUCAGAAGGCUCCCAGAACCCAACUGAGAAAUAUACAAAGAAGGAAAGUGAAAAAUGGCAAGCUAAAGCAGUUGAGUCUGCAUGUACUUUCUUACCAUCUGAGUGCCCGCUAGUUGGACAUGUAAUUUCGUCCUAUCAAAAGCAUCAUUCAAUUAUUAGCGAUCCCAUCCCUGAAGAUGAGGAGCUAGAUGAGGACCUGGCAAUUAUAAGACCUUUGAAUGAAGUUAAAGAGGACUCCAUCAACUAUCACCAAAUAAUCAAGAACCACAUCAAGAAGCCUAAAAAGCCAGCUUAUAACUGGAGACAAGAGAUUAACAAGCUUCCAAGGGAGAUUCCCAAAGAAAACAAGCCUUCAGCACCAGAACAUCCUCCAAAGAAGCAUAAGGUCAGGGAGACCAUCCCUCAUAAGCAUAUGGACAAUGAAAAGAGAGUUAAGAAAAAGAAGACUCCCAUCACAGGUCCAAAUAAGCCUACUAUCAGAACUCAGGAACUUGGGAGAACCGAUUUGAAGAAAUUUCUGAAAAGAAUCUCAACUCCUUCAGGGACAAAAACCAAAGCUGCAGUUGUGAUGUCCUCCCAUGAUUUUAAUAAAAUUAUCACUAAACCACAUGUUUCUUCUAAGACAAAAAUGAAAUCUAAAAAGUCCCCGAUAACUAUCAAGAGCAAGAGGCCAGCGACUCAGGGAUCAAGUGCAGGUGUAUUGCCACGAAGCAGCAAGGGCUCAAUGCCAAAAUACUCAAAAUGAGUAAUUUCUCCAUCCACAAAGUACAAGCCUAUGCCUCCUAGGCCGUUAUCGAAGGGUACGAAGGCCAAAAAAGAGCCUAGUACAAGACCUGUGUACAUAAGUAGGCCAAACAGCUCAAAGCCUUUGUCCAAAGGAAGUAGGUAUUCAAGCCAGAAUACUCUCUCAAGUCAUACCAAAUAUCUCAGGUUAAGCCAGUUAUCAUAGUAGAGUCUAAAUCAGAAUAUAUUAAUUUCAGCCUACUUACA